UCAUUCAUUCCCAAAUUUCCACCGCUCCCUCUUAAACCCUACCUCCUUAGGGUUUUUCAGAGCAGCCUCCACUCCUCCUUUUCUUCUUUCUUCUCCUCCAUAACCCCUUCUACUCCUUCCAAUGGGCAAGUCAAGCAAGAAGUCAGCCACCAAGGUUGAGGCAGCUCCCGCUGCUGUAGUCCCAGUCUCCAAGUCUGGAAAGAAAGGAGGCAAGAGGGAAGCCGAGAAUGUAAUUGAGAAGGCGGUGAGUGCGAAGAAGCAGAAGAAGGAUGUGGCCGUUGUUCAGGCCAUUCAGAAGACUAAGGCUGAAGCCAAGACGCAAAAGAAGAAGAAAGAGGAGAGCAGCAGCGAGGAUGAGUCUGACAGUUCUUCAGAGGAUGAGAAGCCUGCUCCCAAAACCAAGACUGUUGUUCCUCCUAAAAAGCCAGCCAUAGCUGCUAAAAAGGAAGAGUCCAGCAGUUCUGAAUCCUCUUCAGAUUCUGAUGAAGAUGAAAAACCUGCUGCCAAAACUGGAGUUCCUACCAAUGGGAAAAAAGCCGAGUCUUCUGAAAGUUCAGAAUCUUCUGAUGAUGAUUCUGACGAGGAGGAAGUUCCUAAAGCAAAAGCACCCACAAAGUUGCCACAAGUUGCUGCUAAGAAUGGCAAGAAGAAAGAUGAUUCAAGUUCCUCAGAAUCAAGUGAUGAUUCAGAGGAUGAUGAGGAAACUCCUGCUAAGGUUACUGCACUUGCAAAGAAGGUUGCUGCUCCUGCUGCAAAGAAGCCAGAUUCAAGCAGCUCUGAAGAUAGUGAUUCUGAUGAUGAGGAUACCAGUGACGACUCGUCUGAUGAUUCAGAGGAAGAAAAGCCAAAGAAUGCUAAACCUGCUGCUGAAGCAGCUCAACCUUCAAAGAGUGAAAGUGAAAGUGAAAGUGAAAGCGACUCUGAUGAAGAAGAUGAUGAUGAUAAGCCGCAAACUAAAAAGGUGAAGGCUGAUGUCCCUGCCAAAGCUGCUAAAAAGGAAAGUAGUUCAGACGAGGAUGAGGAAAGUUCAGAUGAAGAAUCUGAGGAAGAUGUGAAGACUCCAAAGAAAAAGGACUCGGAUGUAGAGAUGGUAGAUGCUCAAUCAAAAUCUGAAAAGAAAGCUCCUAAAACCCCUGCUACCCCAGAAACGUCGGGUUCUAAGACUUUGUUUGCUGGCAAUUUGUCAUACAAUAUUGAGCAGAAAGAUGUGGUGGAGUUCUUCAAGAAUGUCGGCCAAGUUGUUGAUGUCCGGCUCUCCUCUGAUGCUGAUGGAAAUUUCAAGGGAUAUGGACACGUAGAGUUUGCCACUGCUGAAGAAGCCCAAAAGGCUGUGGGUUUGAAUGGUUCUGAUUUGUUUGGUCGUCCGAUCAGGCUUGAUCUGGCUCGUGAAAGGGGUGAAAGGGGUGCAUAUACUCCUCAUAGCGGCAAAGAGGGCAACUCUUAUCAGAGAGGAGGACAGGGUCAGUCACAGACAAUAUUUGUACGAGGAUUUGACACAACACAGGGGGAGGACGAGAUUCGAAGUGCCUUGCAAAGUCAUUUUGGGUCUUGUGGUGACAUCACACGGGUGUCCAUCCCGAAAGAUUAUGACACUGGCGCCCCCAAAGGGAUGGCUUACAUGGACUUCACAGAUGCUGAUGCUCUCAACAAAGCCUUGGAGUUUGAUAAUUCUGAUCUCGGAAACGGCUGUUAUUUGAGUGUCCAACCUGCCAAACCUAGAGGUGAUUUUACCAGUGAGAGACCUGGUGGUGGUCGUCGAGGUGGUGGUCGAUUUGACAGUGGUGGUCGUCGAGGUGGUGGUCGAUUUGACAGUGGCGGCCGUCGUGGUGGUAGGGAUUCUGGUGGUAGGCGUGGAGGCAGAGGAGGCAGAGGCCCUAGCCUCGCUACCCCUGGAACAGGGAAGAAGACCACCUUCAAUGACGAAUAGGCGGUUCCCCUGAUAAAGAUUUGGCGUAUUAUCCAUGUUAAUUUAUUUUAGAUGCGUAUCUAAUGUUUUCCGUAGACCUUGAACAUGACGUAUAAGGCGAGUGGCAUUUUUGUAUUUCGACAUUUCAACUAUUAUAAAAUAUUUUAUUUGGUCAUCAUUUUUGUAGAAACUUAUUUGGGAUAAGAUUAUUGCUAGUAUUGGUUUUGGAG